GCUGCUGGCCGGACGCCACCAUGACGGACUCCAAGUACUUCACCACCACCAAGAAAGGGGAGAUAUUUGAGCUGAAGGCGGAGCUGAACAGCGACAAGAAGGAGAAGAAGAAAGAGGCCGUGAAGAAGGUGAUCGCCUCCAUGACCGUGGGCAAGGACGUCAGUGCUCUCUUCCCCGACGUGGUGAACUGCAUGCAGACCGACAACCUCGAGCUGAAGAAGCUGGUCUACCUCUACCUGAUGAACUACGCCAAGAGCCAGCCCGACAUGGCUAUCAUGGCAGUGAACACGUUUGUGAAGGACUGUGAGGAUCCAAACCCUCUGAUCCGGGCUCUGGCCGUGCGCACCAUGGGCUGCAUCCGGGUGGACAAGAUAACGGAGUACCUGUGCGAGCCCCUGCGGAAGUGUCUGAAGGACGAGGACCCCUACGUGCGCAAGACGGCGGCCGUCUGCGUGGCCAAGCUGCACGACAUCAACGCGCAGCUGGUGGAGGACCAAGGCUUCCUAGAUACCCUCAAGGACCUCAUCUCGGACUCCAACCCCAUGGUGGUGGCCAACGCAGUCGCCGCGCUCUCGGAAAUAGCAGAGUCUCACCCGAGCAGUAACCUGCUGGACCUAAACCCCCAGUCCAUCAACAAGCUGCUCACGGCCCUGAACGAAUGCACCGAGUGGGGCCAGAUCUUCAUCCUGGACUGCCUGGCAAACUACAUGCCCAAGGAUGACCGGGAAGCCCAGAGCAUUUGCGAGCGGGUGACGCCCCGGCUGUCCCACGCCAACUCUGCGGUGGUGCUGUCGGCCGUGAAGGUGCUCAUGAAGUUCAUGGAGAUGCUGUCCAAGGACCUGGACUACUACGGCACGCUGCUGAAGAAGCUGGCGCCGCCGCUGGUCACGCUGCUCUCCGCGGAGCCCGAGCUGCAGUACGUGGCUCUGCGCAACAUCAACCUCAUCGUGCAGAAGAGGCCCGAAAUCCUGAAGCACGAGAUGAAGGUGUUUUUUGUGAAGUACAACGACCCCAUCUACGUCAAACUGGAGAAACUGGACAUCAUGAUCCGCUUGGCCUCCCAGGCCAACAUAGCCCAGGUGCUGGCGGAGCUGAAGGAAUACGCCACGGAGGUGGACGUGGACUUCGUAAGGAAGGCGGUKCGAGCCAUCGGCCGCUGCGCCAUCAAGGUCGAGCAAUCGGCCGAGCGCUGCGUCAGCACCUUGCUGGACCUCAUCCAGACCAAAGUCAACUACGUGGUGCAGGAGGCCAUCGUGGUCAUCAAGGACAUCUUCCGCAAGUACCCCAACAAGUACGAGAGCGUGAUCGCCACCCUCUGCGAGAACCUGGACUCCCUGGACGAGCCCGAGGCCCGGGCUGCCAUGAUCUGGAUCGUGGGGGAGUACGCGGAGCGCAUCGACAACGCGGACGAGCUCCUCGAGAGCUUCCUGGAGGGCUUCCACGACGAGAGCACCCAGGUGCAGCUGCAGCUGCUCACGGCCAUCGUGAAGCUCUUCCUGAAGAAGCCCACGGAGACGCAGGAGCUGGUGCAGCAGGUGCUGAGCCUGGCCACGCAGGACUCGGACAACCCGGACCUGCGGGACCGCGGCUACAUCUACUGGCGCCUGCUCUCCACCGACCCGGUGGCGGCCAAGGAAGUGGUGCUGGCGGAGAAGCCCCUCAUCUCGGAGGAGACGGAUCUGAUAGAGCCCACGCUGCUGGACGAGCUCAUCUGCUACAUCGGCACGUUGGCCUCCGUCUACCACAAGCCUCCCAGCGCCUUCGUGGAGGGCAGCCGAGGGGUCGUGCACAAGAACCUGCCCCCGCGAACAGGCUCGAGYGAGAGCGCGGAGAGCCCCGACGCGGCGCCGUCGGGCGUGCAGGCGCCGGAGCCGCCGGCCGUCAUCCCCACGCAGGGCGACCUCCUGGGCGACCUGCUCAACCUGGACCUGGGCCCGCCGGUGAGCGGCCCCGCCAUGGCCGCCUCCUCCGUGCAGAUGGGCGCCGUGGACCUCCUCGGCGGCGGCCUCGACAGCCUGAUGGGGGACGAGUCGGAAGGGCUGAGGAGCGAUGUGGGAGGCAGCCCUGCUAUGGGCGGUGGCGGCGGCAGCUUCGCGCCAGCGCCCAGCGCCGCAGCACCCGCGAGCCUGGGGGCACCCAUGGGCAGCGGCCUCGGAGACCUCUUUGACCUCACCGGCGGAGUGGGCGCCCUGUCAGGGUCCUACGUGGCGCCCAAAACGGUCUGGCUCCCUGCCAUGAAGGCCAAGGGGCUGGAGAUCUCGGGCACGUUCAGCCGCCAGGUGGGCUCCAUCUCCAUGGACCUCGUGCUAACAAACAAAGCCCUGCAGGUCAUGUCCGACUUUGCCAUCCAGUUCAACCGCAACAGCUUUGGCCUGGCGCCAGCAGCCCCUCUGCAGGUCCACGCGCCCCUCGCCCCCAACCAGUCGGUGGAGAUCUCCCUUCCCCUGAACACAGUUGGCUCCGUCAUGAAGAUGGACCCGCUGAACAACCUUCAGGUCGCGGUGAAAAACAACAUUGACGUGUUCUACUUCAGCACGCUGUAUCCGCUGCACAUCCUCUUCGUGGAGGACGGGAAGAUGGAGCGGCAGAUGUUCCUGGCCACGUGGAAGGACAUUCCCAACGAGAACGAGGCCCAGUUCCAGAUCAAGGACUGUUCCCUCAGUGCAGAUGCCGUCAGCAGCAAGCUCCAAGGCAGCAACAUCUUCACCAUCGCCAAGAGGAACGUGGAGGGCCAGGACAUGCUCUACCAGUCUCUGAAGCUCACCAAUGGCAUCUGGGUGCUGGCGGAGCUGCGCAUCCAGCCCAGCAAUCCCAGCUUCACGCUCUCGCUGAAAUGCCGCGCGCCCGAGGUGGCUCCCUACGUCUUCCAGGCGUACGAGACGGUGCUGAAGAACUGAGGGCCGCGGCCGCGCGGGGAAGCGGCGCCGGCCCUGCCUGCAUGUCCCCUCCUUGUCCUCCCGCGGAGCAGCGGGAGC